UCUUUUGACGUUCAGGUUUAGGAUUUCCUACUAUCUGUACAACUUCCUUAUAUUAUCGGGCUGACGGCAGGCAGGCCUAUUGCUGGCUGGCCAUCUGGGCGGACGAACAAACCUAACGAAACAAGAUGGGAAUAAGGUCGAGGAGGCGAACCAGAGCCGCAUCAACUGAUCCACCGUGCCGCCGCCGCCGCCACCGCCGCCGCCGCACGGUGGACGUGCAUAGUUUUCCUUGGUCGGUGAUGUGGAGGGACUGGGCGGCGCUCCCCCGCGACGUACUGUGGCUCAUCCUGAGCCUUCUCCCGCAGGCCGACAUCCUCCGCGGCGCUGGGUGCGUGUGCGUCUCGUGGCGGCGGCUGGCCGUCGACGAGCCACUGCGGUGGCGGCACAUCGACCUCGCCGCCGACAAGGACAAGGACAAGGGCAAGGACUUGGACUCGGACUCGGACUCGGACAUAGACUCGGACUCGGACACAGACUCGGACACAGACUCAAACUCAGACCCACCGGCAGGGUGGCAGGCGACGGCGUGUGCUGCCGUGCGGCGCAGCGCCGGCCAUUGCGAGUCCUUCCGCGGCCCCGUCGACGACAUUUUCAUGCUCUACUUGGCAGACAGGGCGCCAUUGUUGCGGAGCCUUCACGUGACGUGCCCGUACAACAUGGGCCGCACCCGCAUGGAAAGCGAGAUCUUCAUCACGAUGGUGGUGAAGAAGCUCCCUCUGCUGGAGCAGCUUGUGCUGUCCGACGGCCUGAUCGAGCCAGGCUCGUUGGCUGCCUUCGCCGACCACUGCCCACGCCUCCGGCUGCUCAACGCCGGCGGCUGUCACACCUGGGGCCGCAUCAACAACACGUUGCGAGCGAGGCUGGAGAGCAGGAUCAAGGAUGUCCGGCUGCCAGUCCUGGCCGCCCGCUGCGGAUGGAUCCGCUUGAUGCAUCCUCGGACGGGACGUUUGCGCGGGUAGCAAGUACCCCCGAAUUAAACAUUCGCCUAAUUUGGUUAUAGAGUCUGUCUAUGUCACAUCUAAAUGUGAGAUAAUAUCUCACAUCUAAGAUGAUGCCAUUUUUUUUAUUGUCCAGCCAAGCUGUUGUUUUAUUGUUUGUUGGUUCU